GAAGCGCUCGCUGGUUGCGUCAGACCAUCCCAGUCGAUGCCGCAUUGACCGCAGCAUUAGACACAGCCCUAUCAUUGUGCACAACUGGCAGACAGCUCAAAGAAUAUUAGCUGCAGUUGCUCCAGCUAUUAGAGCACCCGUGUCCCUUGAGAUUUCGUUGCCUCUCGCCACCUUUCCCCUGAACGAGAGCUGGUUUUCUCACUGGAUACGUCGAGGCGCCGUACCUUCAUUUAGGACCGACUUCCUCGGCUUUCAACCACUUGGCCUGAACCCACACACGUGUCAAAGCGGAGCCCAUCGACGGGGCACUGCUUCCAGUUUGGAUUCUUCGUCUGUCACGACCACCAUGGCUGAGGCGCUCACGUAUGAUACCCAAGCCCUUAGAAGGACCCAGUCAACGGGCGAUCUCCCACCUCGAGAGCUACUUCGCCCCGCCAGGGCUCGUAUCUCGAUAGAUCAUCGCCGCUCAGAACACAGUCCUCAUCUCUUCGAUCCACGGAUACGAGCAACAGCGCCUGAAGAUUUGACCCUUGCUCCUCGGACGCAACGUACAUUUUCAAUCCCAAUUGUACCCGAGUUGCCCAGUGCCCAGUCUCACGCGGCAGUUACAGGACCUUCUGCUUCUGCUCUGCACCGACAACGCCCAACGUCUUGGUACUCCAGGGCAAAGUCGUUUUUUGGAUAUGGACCUGGCUCCUCGAGGACUCGGAAAUCACUUGUCUCUUUUAUGUGGAACCUUGGUUUUGGUUUUAUGCAGAUCGUGGCCACAAUUGUCUUACUUGCAGUCGCCUCUUAUCUGAAAAGCCCAACUUCCCCAGACGUCAAAGAGAUCAACGCUUGUGGCCGGCCUCUUGUAGCUUGGAAUUGUAUCUGGCUCUUCAAGGUCACCCUGUCAUGUAUACUGGCUUAUUGGAGCUGGCGUAGAGCUUGUGCAAGUAGUCGUCGUGACGAUACUGAAUCUAAUAAUCGUGAUGGUACUAACAGCAAUAGGUCGUCUCUACAAGCCAGCGCUAAUCGACGAAGGUACCACGAGGCACAUAGAACUAACAUAACUACGCCAGCAUCCGGUCCAUCAUCCACCUCACCUAACAAUGAGGAGCAAAGUCUUCCAUACUCUCAUCUUUAUGCUCGAUUGUCGCUCUUUUCUUCUAUCAUCACUCUAACUUGGUUUUUGACUGCUCAUAUCCUCGAAUAUACUUCUAUCAAUACAUGCCGUCAAUCGGCUCCACACGUCUGGUGGCUUACGUUCGCUAUUCUGUGCACGAUGUAUAUCACAGUGCUCGAGGUAUUUUUCUUCGGUCUUCUCGUGUUCAUCGUCCUGCCUACGGUCUUGUUAUUUUACAACAUCGCUUUACUCUGCUUGGGACGACAUCCACUCCAAAACCCUCAUUAUAUCAAGCCUGAAGUCAAAAAGCUUCCUAAAUCCUUGGUAGAUCGCAUCCCACUAGUGAUAUACAUCCCCCCACCUCCAGAUGAUCCAUUUCCCGGCCCCAUACCUAUACCGAAGUCUGCCCAUUCAUAUCCUCCAAAGCCAGUCUCCGCUGUAAGAAACAUGAAGAGACGUUUUGCGUUUUUACGUAAAGUGUCGCUGCCGAAAAAGAAGGCAGAAGGGGGUUCUCAGAAGACUGAGAAAUCAGACUCGAUUCUAGGAGGGAAGACGAGGACGUGGGAAGACUCCUGGGAGCAAGGAGAGUACCCAUUCGUCAGGCUGGAAGGGAACCGCGCGGUGUGUGCUAUCUGCCUGAUGGACUUUGAGGAGCCGAAGAAAACGGAGGGUGCUCUCAAGGACGAUAAUGAGCACAAAGGAGAGCCCCAAGAAACCGUUCGUCCAGAAUCUGAUGCAGAAACCCCACAAGGAGUUCCAGAAGCUCCAGAAGAGAAUAUUGAAGAGGAAGAAAGGCCGAGUAUGCCGCACUUGGAAGAUGCAGGCGAAGGGCCCUCACCAUUGAGGUUGCUGGCAUGUGGACAUGUCUUCCACCAACCAUGUAUUGAUCCUUGGUUGACCGAAGUGUCAGGGCGAUGUCCAAUUUGCCAACGGCCAGUUGAGAUUGAAGAACCCAAAGCGAAAAAAUCAAGAAGAGGGCGUGCGUAAUGAUUUUACGUAAUGGGACACAAUGGUGUUGGGUCAGCCAUGGCUACCAUAUAAAAUAUUCGGCGAGGCUGUGAGAAGACAUGAUAUUAAGAAAGACUAACUAACGGUACGGUGUAUUUUUUUCCUUGCAUCCCUGUAUAUCUACCUGUCCUGGACCAAUUUGCAUGCUGUUUGUUUCUACUCCAUCGAUUGUAUGAUUUAUUGUUUUUGCUUCCUGUAAA